UUACGCGUUUCAGGCGGAGUUCAGAUCUUAAAACAUUUGGCCAACUUCUUCACCUCUCCACUUCACAUAUUUGGACUGUGAUACCUUUCCCCCGGGCUGCCCUGGAGGAGUAACAACUCAUGGAGUAUCUACAUUUUGCGGCAGGUUUACAUGUGUGGUAGUUUUCUGGGUUUAUUAACACACACUGGCUCUUGUCCCGCAGUGAAGCGCUCCCAGGACAGCACAGUUUUCUGGUUUGUAACUUUGUCUUUUUUUUUUUUUUUUCUCCCCCUCGUCGGAUUUUUUGGGGCUCACAUGCGAUGUCACGGACUAUUAAAAGAAGAAAGAAACGUGUGUGUGUUUAGUUGUGCGGCUACUCUGCGAAAGUGUUUUUUGACUUUAUUUUUUUUAAAACCAGUUGAGCAACUGGCGACAGGACUCUAUAAUCAAUGUGGUGUCAGCUGGAAGGACGCGGGGUCCGGAUCUCACCUAAACGCUGAUACGUCUUGGGAGUGAUGCACUGGCUUCCCCUGGUUGCCAUGGUGAUUGCCUCGGCCCUGCCCUUUCCUCACAACCCUGUGUCCAGGAUUGCUGCCGCGACGACAGAGCUCGGCUUCGACAAGCGCAGAGAGCACCGUCAUGAGCCGGCCGCUCGCCCCGCAGCUCCCGCGGAGCCCCUUACGGACUACAACUUCCAUGGAAACGCCUCACAAAUGGACUACAACAUGACCGCUGCUCUUAGCCAACAAACCAACACACAAAACCUCCAGAACCGUAAGGAUUAUGCAAAAUCCUCCGCAGAUGAAGAGACCUCCACGUUCAAAGUGGAGAAUCAAGGAACCUACCAGUCAAAUAGCAACUCAGGCAGCGACGACGAAAGCAGUGACAGUUUGGAUGUUUCCACAGAAGGAGGAACACUCAGGACCGAGGAUAUUUCUGAGGAUAAUUCUCUACCAAAGGACUACAAAGCUGACAGCAGCAGCCGACAAGAUUACUUGAGUUUUGCGGACUUUUCCAGGAAGGACAAUCAGGACUCUACGGAUCGACCGUUAGAGGUUUCUGCAGUGGAAACACAUAGUGCUGUCAGUCCUGCUGCUAAACUAAAGGCUCAGAGAGGACCAGAACCGACCGUUCCCUCGGUGCAGCGGAGAGAUGCAUCGACAGUUGGGACACCGGUGGCUGGAAGAAGCCUGACUGAGGAGGGCCUGACCCUGGAGGCAGGGCUGGGUCUAGGAACCGGGUUGGACAAUAUCCUCGAAGGAGACGAGAUGUUUCUGGACUUGCAUCCUCGAGUCCUGUUCUCGCCCUCUCCGUCGCCACCGGAACACCCCCCUCUCCUCCUCAUGUUGGAGACCGGCCUGCUGGAGGAGGACGGGAACGGAGAGGAGCAGGAGGACACGGACGGACACAUCGAGGGACACGGGGACCGGGCGAUCGACCGGAGCACGACUCUGAGUUGGGCAGACUCUUCUAGAGUUACUAGCGAAGCCACCCGUCCUCUUAAAAGGGAUAAACGCUCGCACUUGAUUGACAGGAGGAGAGGGGAAAAGUCAGUAUGCGAGUCUGAAAGCGUCUGGGUCACCGACAAGAAGAGCGCCAUCGACUCCCACGGUCAACAGGUCACCAUCUUGCAGGAAAUCCAGACCCAGACGGGACCGCUCAAACAGUACUUCUACGAGACUCGCUGCCGCCAGGCCGAGCAGCCCAGCAAUGCCGGCAGGUCGCAGGGGUCGAGGGGUGCCGCGGCGUCAGCGAAAUCCACGGGGAUGGGCGUAGCGGGGGCCGGCUGCUUGGGCGUGGAUAAAAAACAGUGGGUGAGCGAGUGCAAAGCCAAGCAGUCGUACGUCCGAGCGCUCACCAAAGACGUGAACAACAGAACCGGAUGGAGGUGGAUCCGCAUCGACUCGUCCUGCGUCUGCGUGCUGCUGUCCAGAGCGAAUCAGACAAUGGGGAGGGAGGUCUUGACGAGGCAAGGGAGAGGCUGAGAGAGAGAGAGAAAGAGAGGAGGAGGGGUGGGGGAGAUAGAGAGAGAUGACAAGAAGUAGAGAGUGACACAGAGCAGAGCAGCUGUGACAUCCUUCUGUGUGCACUUUCACUUGCUGGUGACAUUUCCUUUAAAAAAAAAUGAUGGCAGCCUUAAUCCACCAUUUUUUUUCUCUCUCUCUCUUCCUCCCUCCCUCCCUCCCUCCAUCACAACUUCAAAAAGACUUUUGAAAAACACACGAAGACCUCAAUACUAGAUCUUAGGGAAAAUUGUCAUAUAUAGAGAUUUUAAAAAAGUACUGUUUUUGUAUGAUUUUAUCUUUCAUAAUCUAAGUUAUUUUUGAUUAGUACGUAAGCAUGUGUAUGUCUUUGAUAUUAAUAUAUUCCUCUUUAUAUAUAUGUGUACAAUAUGACAGCAGUAUACCUUUAUGUAUGAAGCUAUGUAUAUCUGUGUGUAUUUAUAGAAGAAGUCUUCAUGGAGCGGUAGGUAGGUCUCUCCAGUGUCUGAUGAUAAUUCCAGCCUCCGCUCCGCUCGGGUUUGUGAGAGGAAGGAGCGCCACCUACUGAGGCUCCGUUUUACUGCUCCACACUGUUCCCAUAUGGAUUAACAAGGAUGUUGUAACAGUGCUUUUUAGAAACUGAGUCUGAUGGGGGGUGGGGAG